AAGGUAUAAUUUAUUUCUUUUCUUACUUUAUUAAAUUCCUUUCAUUUUUCAACACUCUCGCACCUAUCUCUCCUACCCAAACCCUAUCUCUUCUUGGCCGUGCGAAUCAGGGUGUCUAUCGUCCGUCUGUGGUUGUCCGCCGUCCAUCUGUCAGUCUCCGUCAUGUUUGGGUUUCUCCUUGGUCGUGGGUCUCUGUCAGUCUUCAACAACACAGAUCUAUAGUCGUGGGUCUCUACCAUGGGUCUAUAGAUCUUUAGAAAUCAACUCUAGUUUCGUGGGUCUUCAACAACGUAGAUUUGUCGUGGAUGUCUGUCAUCCGUUGGUCUCUACCGUCCGUCCAUGUGCCUCUAACAUCCGUAUCACGUCCGUCCAUCUAUCUCCAUCACAUUUGGGUCUCUCUUUGGCCGUGGGUCUCUGUCAGUCGUCAACAACAUAGAUCUGUAGCCGUGGAUCUCUGACAUGGGUCGUAGAUCUGUAGAAAGAGAAAGAGGAAGACAAAGGAGUAGGGAAGCUGUUGUUCUACGGUUUGGCACUGCGAUGUGGAGAAGAAGUUGCCCUUGCAAGAGAUGAAAUGGAGCACAAAGCAGAAACUAAAAGGAAAGCGAUCCCUCGUAAAGUUGCUGAACAGAAAUGGAAGGAUCCUACACUUGCUGACUGGCUUGAAAAUUAUGCAGAUGAUUAUCGGCUGUUUUGUGGCGAUCUUGGUAACGAGGUGAAUGAUGAUGUUCUUUCUCGAGCGUUUUCACGAUUUCCAUCCUUUAACAUGGCCAAGAUCUAUAAAGUGUCAACGGCAAAAUUAGGUUGGGAGAGAACUUUUUGGAAAAAUAUGCAAUGUCGGAAGAUUUAAUGAAGAUGAGGUCCUGGUGGAAGGUCGAGUUUUGGCAAUGGAGUUGGUAGCUAUGGCAGAGGAGCAACAACUCAAACUUUACUUGGAAAGUAUCGUUUUACACGCAAUUCAAUUAAUUUUUAGUGGAAUGAGUUACGAGCUUGAUUGAAGAGAUUGUUAGCCUUUUUUUUCAUUUCUUUUAGCUUAUAAGAAUAUUAUAAAUUCAAGUUUGUUAGAAUUACUGUUUUGUACGUAUAAAUUUUGUUAUUCUCUUUGGGAGCUAACUAUUAUUCGUACUUUGUGAACAAGAUUUAGAUUUAAAUUUUUGUGUUUGUUGAGAUCUUAAUAUAUAAAAAUAAUUCUGA